ACCUCGAUGUUCAUCUUCGGGUGAGGGAGUUUUUCUUUUUAACGCUAGCAUCGAGAGAAAGGCUUGGCUUCAUCUGUUCCUCCUGCCAGCCGCCAGUCAUGUCCAUUGAAUACACCAUUGAUAUCCAGCUGACAGAGUUGGGAUUUCCGGACAUCCUGCAGCCGCAGGAGGCUUUGGUCAGACAAACACCGUGUCGCUCCGCAUCAUCUGAUGACUCCAUCUCACCCAGUCACUCUCCCGCUUCACUUUCGACCAAACAUAAACCAAGACGGCUGCUCAGGGGUGGAAAAGUUGUAAGUGCAGCAAGACAUACCUCAGACACCCAAGAAACCACAAUGUCUUCUGGGCCCUCUAAACAGACUGAUAUGUUAAACUGUAAUCCCACAAAUACACUACAAGAUAAACGAGGAGUCAGUGAGAUAGCACUAGCUGAACUUUCAGUGCCGAGAGCAAUGAGCGAUCCCUCUGCUUUACAAGAAACCACAGACAUUCCCCUUAUGAUCACUGAACAGGAAGGAGGAGGAGGGCAGAGACCUGAUGAAGGCAUCGCACAGGGCGAAUCAGUGGAGGUGCAGGAGGAUGACUCGGAUGACAGUGAAGUGUCAGAGGUGUAUGAGGAGGAAGAGUUUGACGAGGAAGAGGAUGAGGAGGGGCUAAGCAGUGAGUCGAGUCAGUCAGGUGACUACCGGUGCAGUGUGUGUGACCAACAUCUGCCCUCCAAGUUCAAGCUCCAGGACCAUAUGAACCUGCACACAGGAGCACGCCCAUACUGUUGUGCAGAGUGUGGGAAGCGCUUCUGUCAGAUAUAUAACUAUCGUGUCCACCUGCGCACACACGCACAGACCAAAGUGGAUCGUCUCCAGUGUCGGGUCUGUUUGAUGGGCUUUGCAUCGCAGGAGGAUCUCAAUGAUCACCUGUCAAAAACUCACUUGGAGGAUGAGUUCUAUGAGUGUGACCUGUGUAAGCGUGUGUUUACGUCCCUAAAGGCUUGUGAGUAUCACGUGCAGUUACAUAAGUGUAUGCUGAAUGUUGUUUGCGAAGUGUGUGGCCGCAAUUUCUCAUCAUCAAAAUCUCUUGCGCGCCACCGGAGGAAGAAGUGCCACCGCAGUUUUAAAUGCACAGACUGUACAAAGGUCUUUACCAAGAAGAAUGCUCUCCUAAAGCACAGCUUCUCCCAUCUUGGUUUGCUGCCUUACACGUGCAUACGGUGCCGCUGCCACUUCCGAUUGGCUAAGCUGUACCGCCAACACAAAUGUGAACCCGAACGCAUUCACUGUGUGGCGUGUCUGCGGGAGUUUCUUAGUCAGGAGGACUUCCAACAGCACAAAAAGGACACAGGCUGCUGGGGCAAUCAGGAACCAAGUCAGAAAACAGAUGAGAUCAGAUGUUUGGAGUGUGGAGAGAAGUUUGACUCUCCUGAAGAGCUGAAGAAACAUGCCGGGGCUCACCAGAGGGUGCUGAAAUGUGCCGAAUGCGGGAAGGGGUUCCGGUCGGCCUUGCUAUUGAUGUCCCACAUGGGCGGCCAUGCUGGCCAGUCGCCCUGCCUUUGUCAGAGCUGCGGACUUGGCUUUCCCCACCAGCAGAACUACGACAGCCACCUUAAGAUGUGUGGGCAAAUACCUCAGUCUGCGAAUGCCGCCAAGAAACGGCAGUCCUUGAAGAGCUCUGUACCUGAGGCAAAAAAACUCAGAGCUACACCAGAUUCAUCAAACACAGCAAAGGCGGUCAGUAUGCCUCCUGUUGUUUUAAACAACCCUGUUGCACCAGUCGAAGAUCGCAGUAGUCCAGGUCAUGUGACAAAGGGUGGGUCUGCUGGCUCUGGUCCAUCAGAUGGGUUGUGGAAGUUAACUCUUGACAAACAGCCACCUUCUGGUAUGAAUCUGGUCUUGUUUGUUCCCGUUUGUCCAACGCAAGCCAAUGGGCUUCCACUCCCAUCUGCAAUCCCUCAGACAGUACCCAUGCAAGCUCUGCCUGAGGGACCGCUCGCAGUCAGUGCUGCUCUUGGAGCCACACUAAAUGCCCGGCUGGAUCUGUUAACUGGGAUUAAACAGGAUCCUGAAGCACCCCUGGAUUUGUCUAAGAAGUCUGCAGUGACAUACCUUCCUGUUAAAAGUGAGCCAGAAGAAUCUGAAAUCUCAGGACAGGCUGUAGGUGAUUGUGAAUUGUGGUCAUCCGGAUCCAACCAACUGACAGACUGCAAGCCAGAGAAAGUGAUUAAGAUUGAAGCUGACAUUUCAAGCACUGCGUUUGCUAAUAAGGAGAAAUAAUGAAAUACAAUGAGGUCAGAAAAAGAGAGAAAAGAUUUCACUUUAUGGUCACAUUCCCUACUCUGUAAAGGAAACAUUCAAUAUACUGUUGGAAUUGUAUACAUUACUUUGUAAUUUGUAUAUUGGCCAUCAUACGGUUUUAUGACAAAGCAGCAUUUUCCUAUCACUGUUCCUACUUUUGUCACUAGGAUAGACUGUUAGUGUCUGCUGUGACUGCUUUUUGUUUCAGAAGUUCUUUUCAGACAUAACACAUGAUACUGCUGCCUUCAUCAGUCUAUUAAAGGGGACUUGUUAUGCGGUUCCUUCAUUUCUAUCAUUAACGUUACAGUGGUGAAUGCUCAUAUUAAACAGGAGUAUACAAAGUAUGAUGUCACUGAGGGUGUAGGCACGGUUGCCUGAGCAUGGUUGUCCCUACUCGCCUGCACUUGUGCUGCCCUUAACAACAAACAACAGACACAAAUAUGCAUUACUUUGUCUGAGCACCUCAGUUCCCCUCUCUGUCCCGCGCAAACACCCUUGAAAAGCAUUCUUGCAGGUUCACAAUUUCAUACAUGUUGUAGCUUAAUUGGAGAAUCCUCUUAAUGCCACUGAGAAAGCUGAAGUUCAGUCCUUGGGCAUCAGUAGCAGUCGCACUACAUUAUCAUCACAGCUGAGCUGUGCCCAGAUCCACUUUUGCAAUUGUCCAGGGCACAGCAGUCAUAAAAGGCAAAUUAACUUUACUUUGGGGAUCAACUGAAGCUAGUAAGGGAUAAAUAUGGAUUUUUUUGAACUCUGAAUUAUGCAAAGCUACUCUAGUAGAAAGUCAAGGAAUAAGAAUGUGUCCUCUUUACAAUUAAGGUAUCCUGUCAUUCAGAAAUAGGUCACUUUAUCAUUAACUGUCUUCACAGCCGCUUCAUUCAGAAAUACACAAUGACUGAGAGCCUCUGUGUGCGACAGACUGAAGAUAGACAAGUGUGACUGCAAGCAUUCAGACUUGUGCGUUGUUUAAAGUAAUAUUUAAGUGUUACCUCCUCCAGUCUACUAAGAUAACCAUCGCUGCUUCUACAGAACAGUGGCCGGGGUGCUCAUACAGACCUGAAGCUGACAUGUUCCCAUGCUGUUGCAUUAAUGGACAGUGAACCAUGUCCAAAAGGUGUCACAAUGAGAAGUUGUUUUCUUGAAUCUGUAAUUUAAAUAAAACAUUCCAGGCUUUUGUUUGAUAAGGCAUUUUUUUUUUUCCUUAUUUGCAUUUGGCAGUAAGGCUGUAAAAUCGGCCACUUGCUGGAGCAAAAUGAAGAUGAUGAAUCCUAUGCAGUAUUGUGCAGAAUUUCUAUUAGCAUUACAUUUUUCUGCCUAGUUCUUGUGUUGGGAAACUUGAUUCCUUUUUUAAAAAUGUGUAUAAAUUUGAGGGAAAUGGGGUUUUCUGAAAACUUGUUUUGUAUAGACACUUGCCCUUUAGUGUUAUGUUAAAUAUUUGAUGCUUUCUUAUAGAUGGUACUGAUUAGUAUGAACAGAUGUCACCUUGUGAUUAAUGUUUUCUGAAUCUACAUGUUCUGCAGGUAUAUUUUGAUGUUUUUUUUUAAAGGCUAAUAAAGGCUUGU